AUGGCUAUAGACGAUCAGCACGGCCAGGUUGACGCUGCAACGAGCAGGCCAGAAAACGACGAUACCGAUGAAACCGUCAUAGCCAACACAACUGAAGAAAUAGCUAUCGUCGGUCUGCACGUCCAACUUGAUGCUGCAGACGUCGACUCGGUGAUAGGGGACGACGGUGUCACAUCUAACAUUUCACUGUCAUUCCCCGAACGCUCUCCAGUCAGAAGAGCUAUGGUAACAGACGUAACCUCCGUCACUGAAGACGACGAUGAAGAUCAGAUCCAGAGAGAAACCCGAGCGAUGAAUCUAGUUUUCGCGCAAGAGUUGCGUGACCGUGCUCGCUGCAGUCGACCAAGGGUAUCUUAUGUUGAGCCUAUACCGGACAUUUUCUCAGACCAAGAGAUGGACACUGAGCUUGUCAAUGAGGAUGAUGACUCUGAUGUGUAUGAGUCAAGCGCUUCCUCCCCAGAGAGUUUGCCAGAUGAGGAGUUCGAGUUCGAAGACCUCCCGGCGGAACAGUCCUCUGCCACAGAAGAGGACGGCGCGACAGAGGACGAUGAAGUCGUUAGCGUAACAGAGAUCCAACCAUCCAAGCCCAAAGCCAAGCCUCGCGCACAGAAGAAAGCAUCAGGAGCGAGUGAGGGCAAGGGCAUCGACUUCAGUCUUCCUCCAAUCGACAGCGUGGAAGAUGCUUUUGCCGACAUGGCCGCUAAAGCCCUCGAGCUUGGUCUUGAUAAUGCCUUGAGGGAGCUAGAAGGACACCAGAUCAAGGUCGCAACGAUGUGCUCCGGCACCGAGUCCCCGCUGCUAGCGUUCGAACUGUUUUCAAAAGCUCUUGAGCAGUCUGGUCAUUCAUCCUUGCGGGUACAUCAGAAAUUUGCCGCCGAAAUCGAGGUUUUCAAGCAGGCGUUCAUCGAACGAAACCAGGCGCCUGAAAUUAUCUUUAGGGACGUACGAGAGUUCAUCUCUGAGGAUGCCACGACUGCGAUCACUGCAUACGGGGCAGAAGAGCACAUUCCUUCCGGGCUUGACGUCCUAAUUGCGGGCUUUGUCUGCAAAGAUUUGUCGCGACUGAAUACUCGGCAAAAAGGUCUCGAGGACAAUGGUGAGUCGGGUGACACCUGGCGAGCUAUCUAUGCAUACGCUAAACGCUUUCGUCCGAGUAUUGUACUCCUCGAGAAUGUCAAAGGUCUGUCCAAAUUAUGGGAAGGAGUUGUUUCCAUGUGGGACAAGAUUGGCUAUGAAGCUGCAUGGCUGAUCCGCGACACCAAACGCUACCGCAUCCCACAAACGAGAGAACGUAUGUACAUGAUCGCCAUCGAGAGGAGCCAUUACGGCAAAGACGUUAAGAAAGCCGUGGCCCACUGGCAAGAUUUGAUGGACAACUUGCAACGUCAAUGCAGUAGUCCGUAUGAAGCGUGGCUCAAGAACAUGCUUCAUGAGUCGAGUGAGCAUUGUGCGCUCGGUUCGGAGGUGGAUUGGGCUUUAUGCAAGCUGCGAUACGACCACAUUCGCUCAGACGAGCGCUUAGGCAUCCUUCGACCUGUGACUAAGUGGAGUGAGAAUGGGACUGUGAAACCACCCGAUUUCGCUAACCGCGCUUGGUACAGCUCCCAAUCAUCGCGGGUCUACGAUGCCAUUGACGUUGCCUAUCUACAAGCAGCACAAAAAGGCCACGAUGCGAUGUAUAAGAUGGCAGUCCUCGACGUAAGCCAGAACGUCGAUCGAUUCAAAAACAGCCUAGGAAUACUUCCAUGUAUCACUCCAGGAGGAUGCGACUUCGCUACCAAUCGUCAAGAAGCCCUUAGUGGCAAGCAGCUCCUGCUGCUGCAAGGCAUGCCUCUCAACAAGCUUCUAUUCGGCACAGAGACGCAAAAAGAAUGUCAGGACCUGGCAGGAAAUGCCAUGACUACGACUGUCAUCGGAGCCUCAAUCAUAUCUGCCAUCAUAUGCGGCUGGCGAGCUUUCCGAUUUGACAGCCCACGGAGCUCAGCUCCACACAAGACGAGCGCGUUACCACUAAAGGAACAUAUUCGCAUCAGCUCGCCGAAGGUAUAUGAGCUUGGUGAGGAUGACACCGACAAAAUUGACCUCGGAACGCUUCGACACGAAGCCUGCUUGAGCGCCCGCUUAUGUAACUGUGAAGGCGAGAAGAGCAUCUGCAAGUAUACGAUCCGAGUGUGUUCUGGUUGCGGACACACAGCAUGUGAGAAGUGCGCAGGUAACCCGAAACAUUGCUACGAUAACAACAUUCUCCGAAGCAACCGCAAACAGACACCGAAUGACUUUGUCCAAGAAUGGAGACCCAAGCUAGCAACUCGGUUCACAUUUGAUUCUUUUCCUGAUGUCCGCCAGCUUGCUUCCAAGGCAUCAGAAAAAAUCUUGAAACCUUUCUUGGAUCACGUAAUAGAAAUUGACGUCAAAUCACAGCAGUUCUGUUUCCGAGACAUGCUGAGGCGGCACAAUGGAUGGUCAGUAAUCUACGGCUCACAUCACGCCACCCUAGAACUUUGCCUAGGCCACAAAGUAGAAUGGUUUCUUUUUCUUAACUGUCCUUCUGAGAUUGCGGGCAACGAUCCACUGCGCAAACAGCUGCUAAACCCAAUCGCGCGUGCUAAGGUCAUCGAUUCCCUGCUUGACGUUCAGUGGGAGUUCCGUCUACCAUCUAUCAAGAAGCACAGCCUGCAAGUCAACUCUUUGGGCUCCAGGUGCAGCUCAUGGAGAAGCCGGCUAGGUUUGUUGGACUAUAAGAGUGAGACCGUCCCUAUGUCUUUGCAGGUUGCCAGCCAAUCGAGAGACUGCAAAAACGUUAUUGGGGAGUUCGAACUGCUGCCUGACUGCGGAACUGCUUCGAGCAGUCUCUACAAGCGCACCAUCGGCCCUGACCUCUAUCUUUUCCUCGACCCGACCCUUCUAGGAGGAUCUGAUACCGAUGCAUUCACCUUCAGCGAAGACUGCAGUCAAAAGUCGUAUGGUGAAAGUCGCAUUUCCGUGAUAGACGUCGAGGCGACCUGGCGACCAUGGCAAAUUCAUGACGAAGCCGUACACGAUGUCGAAGCGACACUUCCUGCAAUUUGGACCUCGGUGAGCAUGAAGUUGCAGCCAGUCAACACUGCGUUCACGGUUAGUGUACCUGCAACUGCUGCUUCGUUGAGGCAAGUGGAGCACGAUUGCUCACGUGCACUCACAGUUCUCGAAGCGCGGGUACCAGAACGCCUCCCUGACGUUAGUAAGCAUUCUUGGGUUUUGGAACGCGUGAAGCGUCUCCCUACACUGUCAGCUUGGCAGCCUACUUCCCUGGGUUCAUUGAGGAGUUGUGCUUGCGCCCCUGUCUAUCCGCCCAUACUGUGGCAUAUCAACGACAAAGGCAUCGCUUCUCCUCAAGAAGCACGCAAAGCAGCUGCAGAGUUUGAACGUGCUGUCAAGACUCGCGCGCCCAUCUUCUCCGUUAAUUCAAGUUUUGAGAAAGGGAUUACUCAGAUCGUGAUUGCGAUCAAUGCCGCUGCUUUGGUCCACCGGGCCAGAGGUCGAUUACCACGCACCAGUUCGACCAACACCAUGUGGCGUCUGUAUACCGAUCACGCUGAGCUUCCGAGCGAGCCGUUUCCAAAGUUUCGUCUGCUAAGCAACGCAAACGACCCGCCUUGCGCACUGUCUUCGUCCAUUGCGUAUUUGCGCAAUGCUCAGCCUCGAGCUCUUUCGUGGAUGGAGACCCAGGAGCUCGGCAAAGAGCUGACCAUCACUGAAGUGGAAGAAGCUGUACAUGCGAACCUUGGCUGGCGUGCUGAGGCAAGAGCAGAAGCAGUCCUUUCCGUUCGUGGCGGUGUACUUGCAGACCUUCCCUCUUUUGGCAAAACUGUCACUACCAUUGCUCUAAUACAGAGCGAAUUCGAGGAUUAUGCACCAAAAGCCCUGCUGCAGCGGAACAAGACAUUAAACGAAGGAACAGAGGCGUUCCUUGACACUGCCGGAACGUUGAUUGCCUGCCCAGGUCACAUUGCAUUACAGUGGCGCACAGAACUAGAGAAAUUUCUUGGAAAGGCCGAAUACGAAAAGUACAGCGUGAUUGUCGUGCAGACAUUUGCUGAGCUUCAGAAACUGGACAUUGAUGACAUUCGCCGCAGCAGAGUCGUCGUCGUGGCAUGGAGCGUGUUCGCUGAAGAAGAGUAUAUAUCUCAUCUAGCACAUUUCUCCGCUAUGCCGGAACCUAAUGUCACGGGCCGUCGUGCUUUCGACACAUGGUUCGAGCAGGCCUCUCAGGAUAUCCCGCGUCAGUUGGCAGCAUUCGAGAGCUCAAACUUCAGCGAGUUUAAGAAGUCUACGCAGGACCUGUUAGAGAAGCGGCUGCAGCAUGAAGACUUCAAGGCGACUUUGCCGAUCAAGAUCCAGCAUGGUAGCGCGUACCAGUCGGUCAACAUCAAGUCAAAGUCGAACGGCAAGCGUAAUGCCCCAAGCAAAUUGAAACUAUCGAAACCACCAAAGUCGACUCAUCAAGUGCCAUUGCUACACUUGUUCAGAUUCAACCGCGUUGUGGUGGAUGAGUACCACUACCUGAACGACGACAAGAAGAUGGGUAACAUCCUUGCUUCAGUCAGUGUCAAGCGAAUAGCUGCUGUCAAGCGUUGGGUAUUAUCAGGUACACCAGCUUUGAAAAACUUCUCCGAUGUGGACCAGAUCGCCUCGUACCUUGGCAUCCGGCUGGGUAGAUACCACUUCGGAGAUGGCAUAGAGAGCUCAUCAUCUGACAAGAUGCGGAGAGGUGACCAGACCCUCGUCGAAGAGUUUCUCUCACAAACCGAGACCAUGUCAAGGCAGUGGCACAAGGCGAGACACGAGCGGGCACAAGAGUUCCUGGAUAUAUUUGUGCGGCGGAACGAACCCUGUCUUGCUCACGUCGCCUGUAUAGAAAGGAUUACGCCUAGCGAGAUCGAUAUUGGGCAUCUGGCUGUAUAUCUCGAACUCCUGCAAUACGUCGGGUCACACGGCAUGGCCAUAAAAAGGCUUAAAAAUAAGACGCCCUCAGACAAAAUCGAAAGGCUAAACGCCAGUCUCAACUACUCAGCCACAGCUGAAGAUGCGCUCUUGAAAUGCGCGCUCCUUUUCCGGACCUCGGAAGGCACUUCAGCACUAGCAGGCUUGACCACCUUGAGAUCUUCCCAACGUAAUAGCGUGCAAUCCGAAUUGAGAGCGCUGCUGGCUGGAUUCGAAGACCUGAAGAAAAGCGACGAAAUCUCCGAUCUGUACGAUCGCUUUAAGCAAGAUAUUACAGAGCACAACUGGCUGGGGGAUGAGUAUGCUAGCCGAGUUGCACGCAACAUGCUUAUCAAAGCUAAGAAAGCACCAAACAGCUCUGCAUUCCCAGAGCUAAAGGGGUCGAAGACGGAACAGAAGUCGAAAUUCGCAAAGAAGCUCUUAUCGGAUCUGCGGGAGACGGCUCGUGAUCUCGCUCAUCUCAUCAGGUCAGAGAGAUUCAUCAAGGCAAUAAACGACCUUAUGGGCCCGUUGACCAAGAGGGAGAAUGGGCAAGCCUUCACUUGCAGCCAUCCAGACUGCGAUGAUGUCGACAAGUGUGUCGACCCCAUGUGCAGCCUGUUUGUACAGGGUGUAAAUCUGGUUAAGGUCACUGACCUUGGCUCGAGAACAGAGCCCGCUUCUGAGCGUUACUUUGGCCGAAAGAUGGAAGACGUGAUCAAGAUCAUAUCGAGAUUUCCAAGGGGCGACCAAGGAGUCAUCUUCGCGCCUAAUGACGAGACGGUUGAGAUCCUCGAGGAAGUGCUCGACUCCCACGGCGUGGCUUACCACUCACUCCGAGGUUGCCGGGGCGCCACGUCUGCGAAGAUCAUUGAAGACUUCAAGACAAACGAUGACCCGGACGACCAGAGCAAGGUGCUGAUCUUGAACAUGGGAAGCGAGUCCGCGGCUGGCGCCAACCUAGUCAACGCCAACCACCUCAUCUUUGUCGCGCCUCUGCUCGCAAAGACGCAAUACGAAUACGACUCGGCCAUGGCACAAGCAAUCGCCCGACUGCGCAGGUACAUGCAGACCAAGACUGUCCACAUCUACCACGUCAUCGCGCAACGUACCAUUGACGUCGACAUCCUCGAGCAUCGCCACAAGCGGGUCGACGGCAUCACUACGUCUGAGUCACCAAUGAAAAUGCCGAAAGCGCAAGCGAAGAAGGAGAAAACAAAGUUAGUCAAGAACAACAAUGGUCAAAUGGCCCUCAUACCAGUUUCAUGGCUUGCGGACGAGUCGAAGAGAAAGAUGCUGGGUGUAGAUGAAGCGCCCGAGAGUUUUGCGUCGCUCAUCAAUUUUUCGGACACGUUCCAGCACGACGAGGACUGGGCUUUGGAUACGAAAUGA